UUGCUCUCUCUUCCCUCACAGUCGUACAGAGGCAGCGUGAGACCUUUCGUCAACUUCGACGCCGAACACGACGCCAACAUCCUCAAUAAAGCCAUGAAAGGAAUCGGUACGGAUGAAGACGUGGUCCUCAUGCUUCUGUCGGCACGCAGCAACGAUCAACGCCAGCAAAUUAAGGCCGCGUACAAAAAGGCCUUCGGAAAGGAUCUGGUCAGUGCACUGAAAUCGGAGCUCGGUGGGCUGUUUGAGGAUCUGAUCGUGGCGUUGAUGACCCCGCCGACCUCAUAUGACGCUCUCCAGCUGCACAAAGCUCUCAAGGGAGCCGGGACCGAGGACGAUGUACUGAUUGAGAUAAUGGCCUCCAGGACCGGCGAACAGAUUAAAGAUAUCGUCAAAGCGUACAAGAAAGAGUUCAACGGAAAGCUGGAGAAAGAUAUCUGCGGCGACACCUCAGGUCACUAUCAGAGGCUGCUGGUGAUCCUCCUGCAGGGCAGCAGGGAGGAGGGAGUAGACGAGGAGAACGUAGAGAAAGACGCCAAGGACUUGUACGCUGCCGGCGAGGGAAAGUUUGGCACAGACGAGGAACAAUUCAUCACGAUUCUUGGCAACCGAAGCGCAGAGCACCUCAGGAAAGUGUUCGAUGCCUACAAGGAGCUCUGCGGCUCUGACAUCGAGGACAGCGUUGAAGGGGAGACCACUGGGAACCUGGAGAACCUGCUGCUGGCCGUCGUGAAAUGUGCCAGGAGCGUCCCACAGUUUUUUGCUGAAGGCCUGUAUAAAUCUAUGAGGCGCGCCGGAACGGAUGACGGCACCCUGAUGAGGAUAAUGGUGUCGAGGAGCGAGGCGGACAUGUUGGACAUCAGAGCCAGCUUCAAAAGGACUUACGGAGCGUCUCUGCACACCACCAUCCAGGAGGACACGACUGGAGACUACCAGAAGGCUUUGCUCUACCUCUGUGGUGCGAAUGAUUAA